AUUGAAACCWCAAGCAGCCAUGCUUUGCAGUUCCAAUCCCAUCCAUCUCGAACACAGCGAAACAAAACGGAUGCCUUUUGACAGAGCGUGUAAAUCUGCAUUGAGGGGGGUAUAGUUUUUACUUAAUUUUUCAUUUUUUUCCCUCGAUAAUUUCAUUUUAAGACCGUCGCAAAUGUUAAUUAUUUGAAUGAUUUCUUUGUUCAUCGCGUUAAAUGGGUGCUAUUGCCCCUUAUCACCAGAUGGCGGAAUACAAUUGAUUCUUCCCCUCCCCCUUAUACAUUUGGCGAAAACCGAUGAAGACUAAUGUCCCACUGAAAAAAGUAAUGGUGCAACUGCUUCUGCUACUCAACGCAUAGAAUUUGAAGCGCUUGUCUAGAAUGAGUAGAGGCUGUCUGUAUGGGCAAAGUGUAGGCUAUUGCCUAUGUUUGCAAGGGGCUAAGGAGCUGAUGGCGAUGUCAAGGAGGAGCCUUCAAGGAGAUCUGCACGGUUGUCAUCGAAACCAGUACCUUCAAAACCAUCAUCAAAUCCAAAAAAGCCAGCUAAGAAAGAAAAAGAAGCAAACAACAAGAAGAAGGCAAAGGCAGCAGCGGUCAAGGAGCCUAAAGAGGAGACCCAGACUGAAAAUGGCGAGAUCAAGACAGAUGAAGUAGAGACUCCAGAAGAGAAGACUGAGUAGCACUGCUCCCGUCCAUCCAAUCCCCUCCCUUGUAUGGCCCCCAAGUCUCAUAUGUUAUCCCUAAAACCUCCAUUACCUUAACAGAGGAAUAUUUUUAUCAACAAUUUUGUAAUUAUUGGUACAGGGUUUUAGCUAAAAAAAAACAGCUAAAUAUGGAGGAUUGUUCUGUUGUGCAGUGGUCAUAAAGGGUUUUUAAGCAAACAUAAUUACGGUUUUGUUUUUUAUUAGUGUUGGGACUUUUAAAAAUAAUACUGGAUGGCAGACUAAUUGCAGGUGGUAUAGUGUCACAUUGUAGGUUCGCCAACUCAGAACAUUUCACUUUUGUAGGUGGUUGUAUUUUUACCCUUUAUGUACAGUGGUUUUUCUUUGGGAGGGGUUUACUUAUUUUCAACUUGAUUGUAAGCAAUUUUGGAAACAUUUUAAACAUUCCAGGCUUAAAGGACAAUUUCACAAUUUUUCAACUUCAUAUUCAUAACCUCGAGGACCACCGCAACAACAUGUGAAAAUUGCUAGUUUGUUUUGUAAAAAAAAAAAAAAAAAAAGGAAUAUUUUCAAUGACACCAUUGGUGUGCAUGGUGUGAUUUUAACAAAUUAGUUGCCAUUAGCUACUAAUUUUGGACACUUCCUCAGUUUUUUUUUUACCACAAAACAUAGAAAUGCCACAUUUUCAGAUAUGUUGAUGUUGUGCUGGAGAUUAAGCAGAACAUUUUUUAAAUUUCCCUAAUGUGGGCAUACCUGCUUUUGAAAUAAUCUUGCUCUGAAUUAUUUUGACACAAAUUAUUUUAACGGAGGAAGAGGCUUGUUGGAAGUUGAUUAACCUUUUUGAAACAAAUGUUGGAAUUUUAACACUGAAAAUUCAUCUAUUGAAAUAUGCAGCUGUGUUCCCACUGAAGUUCUGGAUAUUUAAUUGGAAUUUAAUAAAAUAGUAAUUGGAAUUUCUCA